ACGAAAUACUGUCACAACAAACCUUUGGUUCAGAACCGCUUCCGAUUACGGCUCGGUCUUGCGGCAUUGCGUUGAUCCAUUUAUUCGCCAAUUCUUCGACGUUUAGUGAAAAUAUUUAGGCACACCAAAGUGAAGUCUCCAGCAUAUAACCACGAUGAGUUUUCCACUCCGGCAAGUGAUCGCACGAUGGAGUCGAUUAGCAACCUGCAAGCCUGGCUUUGCUCCGAGUCUAUCCAACUGCAGCAGAUUACACGUAUCCUCCGUGGUAACACAGUAUCCCUCUAGCACAAGCCAUUACCGUUCAUACAGCUCAAUGAAUCCGAACGACUUCAUUGCCACUUCACUGAUCGAUUCCGUCACGUUUGUGACUGUCUGUUCGGAUACACUUGAAUCGUUGGUUGACUACUUCGAGCAGAUUGUAGACGAGACAAGCACAUUGAAAAACCCGGACGUAACGUAUGGUGAUGGCGUACUAACGGUUAGCUUCGGUGAACCGUACGGAACGUAUGUAAUCAACCGGCAGUUACCAAACCGUCAGAUUUGGCUCAGUUCUCCGACUAGCGGCCCUAAACGGUAUGACUUUAUACCGGACAAGCGGACGGUGAACGAAGGCUACUGGUUGUACCGGCAUGACGGUGUAACGCUGCACGAACUGUUGCAGAAAGAGAUUAGUGCAAUUGUAGGUAGAAAAUUAGAAUUUUUCGCAUUACCCCAUAGCCAAAGGCGUCUGGAUACAAGUGGACAGGAUGGAUGAAAUAAUCACUUCCUCAAUGGGACAAAUAAAUGUUGAUGCAUUAAGGUGUUGCAUAGGUUUGGAUAAUUCUUUCUACUAUUCACCAAGGAUAUUGUAGAUAUCUAUAUAGUACUCACUUUUAACAGCCCAAUGAAGAAACGAUCCUUAUGUUGGUUUAGGUAGCUUGAUGACAACAGAUUCCUAUCUUAGAAGGGUCUCGUUGGGUCACAACACUAUGUAGCAAUAACAACAAUAAAACAAGAAUCUGCAAAUCGAACCGUGUUCAAUAUCUUCAACUUUGAGUUAUCUACGAUAGAAAUAAAAAGAUCUUUGGAGCAUUCUUCAGACAGAUAAAGAACUC